AAUAGCCAUGACUUUUGCUAAUGGUGAUACUGAAAAUGGGGUGGCGAAAAAGCCGACGAAAAUUAAAUCUGGCACGGCAAAAUACCACCUGCAAACAUUAAAAACUGUAUCAAAUUCACUGGCACACCUGCUGAUAGGCCUUGUGUGUAUUAUAACUCUAUUCUUCACGUUCUUUGAUGGAGUACCGGUUUAUAUGCCAAAUAUACACGUCGCUUUAUCAAUUUUAGGGUAUCAAUUUCUGAUGGCAGAAGGGAUCUUAAGUCUGUGUCCUCACAACGCGUGGUCUGCACAUCUUACCUUAGUCCACAAGAAGCGAAUCCAUUGGAUUCUCCAAAUCAUGGGAUCUACUCUCGCUAUUGCUGGGAGCGCCAUCUACAUUGAAUUCAAAACCGUACAUUGGGAUACUUUACAUGGACAGUUUGGUCUCGUUGCUUUGGUAUUCACGAUCGCCAGUUUGAUCAACGGGCUCACGUCACUUUACGCUUACGAGUUCCGCAAAGUGAUUCCUGGGAAGCUAUCGAAGGUCACCCACAUAGUCUUCGGAACCGUGGCUUAUGCAGCUUCUUCUAUCAGCCUCUGUUACGCCUUUGACAAAUUCUUCUUCAAAUUGUUCUUGCAUUCUGAAGUCACCCCGUUAGCCUUAAUGGGGUUCACUGGAAUUUUAACAUUUAUCGUCAUGCUCAACCCUACACUUGCAUGCAUAGACAGAUUGUUAAGAUAAAUAUGAUGUUCUUUUUGUAUUAAAUUAUGAAUGGUAUAUGGAUCUAGUACUAUACUAAUUAGUGGAUACUAAUGUAACGUUGUCUUCUGAUUGUAUCAGAUAACAAUGGAAAUUUAAUCAUUAUUAUGAUAUUAUACACGUAGUAUCGAAGUGCACUAAGUCGAAGGUGCAAACAAAUGUGGGUAUAUUUAUAACGAAUUAUUCUUAAGUCUAAAACUAAAAUAAACAGAUCUUACAAAA